AGGAGGGGCCGGGCUGGUACUUCAGGCGCCGAGGCCGGCAGGGCGCGCUCCGGCGGCUCCUGUCAGCGGCGGGUGCGGCGGAUCUCAGGGCAGCCCUCGGGCGGCGGCGCUGCCUGGUGCGUCGCGGCGUGGUCCUCCGGCGGCUGUCCGGGGCGGCAGGAGUUGGCUGCGGGAUGUGUUCAGCCGGGGAGCUGCUGCGGGGCGGCGACGGCGGGGAACGCGACGAGGACGGGGACGCGCUGGCGGAGCGGGCGGCAGCAGGGACCGAGCGGGAUCCCGGGGCGAGCCCGCGGCGGCUCGGACAGCGGCCGAAGGAGAGCGAGCAGGAUGUUGAAGACUCACAAAACCACACUGGUGAGCCUGUUAGAGAUGACUACAAGAAAAUGGGAACACUUUUUGGUGAACUGAACAAAAACCUUAUCAACAUGGGCUUCACAAGGAUGUAUUUUGGAGAACGAAUUGUGGAACCAGUAAUAGUCAUUUUCUUUUGGGUUAUGCUGUGGUUCCUUGGCCUGCAAGCCCUUGGGCUUGUUGCUGUUCUUUGCCUUGUUAUUAUUUAUGUGCAACAGUAAAACAUGGCCGAAUUGAAUUGUUUGACAUUUGGUAGCCAUAUAUGUAAUUGAAGAAGUUAUAUAUUUCACUUUUUGACAACCGAAAAAGUUUGCCUUGUUUCAAAUUGUGUGCUGGCUGUUUUGUAAGUAAAUUUAUACAUGGAUGUCACUUAAAACUAAACUCUUGAUCAUAACAGGGUUGAAUAUAUAUUUUGAAUAUACAUUAGCUUAUUCAAAACUCUUGUUUCACUACUAUGAUCUCUGUCUCCUUUAUACACCUAUAUCCCCAUGCCAAAUCUUAAGUAACACCACCAGAAAUUGAACAGGGAAAAUAACAGGACAUGGAAUUCAAAUCAAGCAAUAUAGUUCUUAUAAAGAGUUCCAAUAAAACAUUUUAGAAGAAAAAGUAUGAAACAAGCUAAAAGUAAGUUUCACUUAGAAAACUGCUCCCCAUUCACCCUCCCCACCAAAUAAUCUCAUAUUAUUUGGGAAAUAUUUGGAUUUCAAUUGUCCUUACCCAGCCUAAACUAAGGUAAAUGAUAAUUAGCAUACACUACCUUAAUAUUGUGAUGAAAAUCAGUAAAGAUAGAAUGUUUUCUAAAGGUUGAAAAUAAUAUAUUUAUUAUUGCUGGGGAAAGCUCCCAGGUUAAAUAUAACGUUUUUAAAAUGUAGCAUUUGGACCUAGACCUACUUUAGUAUAUCAUUUGAAGUUUCAGACAAUUUUGGUGCUAAUUACUUUUUGUGAGUUUUUAAAGUCUCAUAGCCUAGUUGACUGCACCCUAUGGUAAUGCCAUAUUUUCUUGUGUCUAACAAGUUACAUAUUUUUUCCUAGAGAGACAUUUUCAGUGUAUUUUUUUUAGAAAUUUAUAAUUUUAUAGUUCUUUCAUAACAAUUAUUCUGAAUUUUGAAACAAUGUAUUUGCUAUCUUGACAUGGAUUUUUUCACAAAAAAUUUAUAUUUUACUGUUGUUUUCAGGAAAAAAAUCAGAUCAUUUUUCUUUGAUAUCUAUAUCAGAAAGCUACAAUAUUAACAGUAUAAAACCAAAUGCUUAAAUUUAGAACUUAGCCAAUUUUGAUAAUAUUUUUCUAAUGCUAAAGUCACGUCAGUAAUUGGCUAGCCAUGUUAUUAAGGUGUCUUAAUUCAGCAUUUUCAGGUUUUAUAUUGAAAUACGCAUUUCUUUAAAUAUUCUUUGAAAAUGGAAAAUGGCUUUAGUGAUAUUUUGGGUUUGUUAGAGAACCUAAAACCUUUACACUUUCAUCUCAAAGAUUAUAAAGUAAAGAGGUAGUUAAGAUUUAGAAUUCAAGUUAAAUUUCAGAAAAUUGGGGUAGUCAGGCAUUUUUAUCUUUGGUAGGGCAACAAGUAAAACAUGUAGAGUGCUUGCUAUCCCACUUUAUAAAGCUUUUACCCAAUCUUAUUUCUAAACCUCUGUGCAUUCUCAGUGUCUUCUCAUUCUGAAACAGAAAAUAAGGAAAAACAUUUAACUUAGUUUUCUAAAAUCAGAUAAUCCUAAACAAAAAUGUUAGUCAAGGUUACUAAAAAGUAUUGCGCAUUUAUAUAAAUACAGGCCUUUUAAAAUUUGACUUUUAGGCCGGGCGCGGUGGCUCACUCUUAUAAUCCCAGCACUUUGGGAGGCCAAGGCGGGCGGAUCACGAGGUCAGGAGAUCGAGACCACGGUGAAACCCCAUCUCUACUAAAAAUACAAAAAAAUUAGCCAGGCGUGGUGGCGGGCGCCUGUAGUCCCAGCUACUUGGAGAGGCUGAGGCAGGAGAAUGGCUUGAACCCGGGAGGCGGAGCUUGCAGUGAGCCGAGAUUGCACCACUGCACUCCAGCCUGGGUGACAGAGCGAGACUCCGUCUCAAAAAAAAAAAAAAAAAAAAAAUUUGACUUUUAAAAAACAAAAGACUUCGUAUGAUAUUGUGUUUUUAUUGCGUUUGCAAUAUUUUUAUAGUAACCUUUAUGAACUCAGUAUAAGUGCAAGUUGUUUGAAAAGGUGUUUUUAUUGGUGCACAGUAGAAUUGUGAGGUUUUCAGUAGAUGUCAUGAGAUUUUGUAUAUCUACAUAAAAUAUAAGUACAUUUUUUUCUAAUGCUACUGGAAACUUUACUUUUCCUUUGGAACACAUAAACGAUACGAUGUACAAAGUAACAGCUCUGGUUCCACCAGUACCUAAUGUUGAAAACAUUUUUAAAGUAAUUUUUAAUACCAACUAUUUAGUAUACUGUCAAUACUGUAUAUCUGCAUACUGGUGUUAAUAGGGUAUAUAUUAAAUUAUAUAAAGAAAUAAGAUAUUUUGCUGUUAUUCUUUCUACAUAUAUUGUUGGUUAGUACAGUAUACCAUCAAAUAUUUGGCUUUGAUAUGGGAAAAAACGAACUUUGCCUAUGUAAUGGAAAUAAAAUAUUUUCUUUUAUGAAAUAUAUUAGAAUGCAGAUUAUACUAAUAUCCUGAAAUAAAACUGGUAAUUUAUUUGGUUCAUGGUAUACCCAUGGGCCGGGCGCAGUGGCUCACACUUGUAAUCCUAGCACUUUGGGAGGCCAAGGCAGGUGUAUCGCAAGGUCAGGAGAUCGAGACCUUCCUGGCUAACAUGGUGAAACCCCGUCUCUACUAAAGGUACAAAAAAAUUAGCCAGGCGUGGUGGCAGGCACCUGUAGUCCCAGCUACUCAGGAGGCUGAGGCAGGAGAAUGGCGUGAACCCGGGAGGCAGAGCUUGCAGUGAGCACUCCAGCCUGGGUAACAGAGCGAGACCCCAUCUCAAAAAAAAAAAAAUUAGAUUGAAAAUGAUUCUCAUCAUUUCAAUCUCAAAUACAAGCCAGUUUUAGAAACUGUUAUUGCUUAUGAAUAAAGAAAUAGAAGUUACAAUGCUAAGGUUAUUAUAUAAUGCAUACUCAUACAGCCAGUCCUACUGUAAUUCAAAAGAAAAAGGUCGAAGUCUACAAAUAAACGGACUGUAGAUGAGUAAAUCCAUUUUUCUUAAAAUAAAACUCUGUAUUUUGUAGAAUUCUGUUCUCUCAUACCUUAAGCUGUCAUGGGCAAGGUAUUUUCCCAUUCCUGGCUACAGGCAGAUCAUUCUUAGUCCAUUAGUGUGCUGGAGCAAGCUUGCACUGGCUUACAAGAACCAACUGUGAACAUUUUUUCUGCCUUCAGUGCUGUCAAGUUGGUAGUUUGAAAUUGGCCAUGGUGGGAGUAUUUACACCAAAAAAAUUAGUAAACACUACAAAUCAGAUUUUUUUUUUCCUUGAAAGCCAGCUGUUAAACAUACAUCAGCACACCCUAGAGGCCACAUUCCCAUUUCUAUUCCUACAGAUACGAAAGUAAAGAACAGAACACAUUUUGUGAAAUAAAAGAAAGCAUAUGAGGUAAAUCCCCAUCGACCCACCCAAAACUGCAUCUGGAUCUUUCCCUUGUGGGUAUUAUGGUUCAUGGUUAUCUUCUGACCAACAAAUCUCUAUUUAAUCAUGUUUUGACCACAGAAAAUCUCUCUAGGCUGUCAGCAAGCUGCAAAUCCACUAAAGACUAUCCAGGCAAUCAGGAAAGGCAAAACUUACAGAAUGAUAGAGGAAAAAUUACAGUAUAAGUAAAGAUCUGCUGUAAUAUAGAAAGCUCAAAAUAGUCAAAGCCAGGUAUGGAGCAAUCAAAGGCUAUUUGUGUGGUUCAUAGAUUAUGUUUUAAUAGUUAUUUUACAAUGUUUAUUUCAGGCAUUUUAAAUGCUUUCAUUACCAGUUUAUGGCUUUACAAUUGAAGGGAGAAGAAGAAAAAUGUAAGACGGCUGGGCGCAGUGGCUCACGCCUAUAAAAGUGCUGGGACAGCACUUUGGGAGGCCGAAGCGGGCGGAUCACCUGAGGUUGGGAGUUCGAGACCAGCCUGACCAACAUGGAGAAACCCCGUCUCUACUAAAAAAAAAAAAAAAAAAAAAAAAAUACAAAAUUAGCUAGGUGUGGUUGCACAUGCCUGUAAUCACAGCUACUCAGGAGGCUGAGGCAGGAGAAUCGCUUGAACCCGGAAGCCAAAGUUCGCAGUGAGCCGAGAUUGCUCCCUUGCACUCCAACCUGGGCAACAAGAGCAAAACUCCAACUCAAAAAAAAAAAAAAAAAAAAAAAAAUUAAGACUUUCAUGCCUGGUAAUAGAGUUGGCCGAGAAGAAUAUAAACUUAUUUACAAACUAUGGCUUCAGUAGUAUUGGUGGAUUUGAGGUCAUUCGCAACUCCUGUCUCUCUGCCCAACAUCUAAUUUUUGGUAUGCGUUGGAGUUCAGUCCAACAGCCUGCUCUCACAUCACUCCACACAGCAGCUCAGCAAUGUCACCACUCCCAUGGCUGCAGAGUUACCAUUUGCAUCCUAACAGCUCCCCAAUUUGCAUCUCUAGAUCAGAGCACUGUUCAGAAUUUAAGACUCAUACAUUCAAUUGCUUGCCCAAUAUUUAUUUGCACUUGGUUAUCCCAUAGUACUCGAGAUUCAGCAUGUCCAAACGAGCGCAGCAUCCUUCUCCCAAAUCUUUAAUUCCUGUUUCCCAUCUCAGCAAAUGACACAAUCCUUUCCCUAACUGCUCAAGCAGGAGUCGUAGGUGACAUCCUUGACUCUGUUUCCUACACUACCUACCUAUAACCAAGUACCAAGUCUAUUUUACUUCUAAAAAUACAAUCUUUCUACUUCUCUUCAUUCCUAGCAUCACUAACUGAGUCCAUUCUGCCAUCAGGUGAGAACCUGGCAUGUUGAGAAUCCUGAUUAGCCUCCCUACCUUCAUUUUCCACUUUGUAGACCUGGCAUGCUGAGAAUCCUGAUUAGCCUCCCUACCUUCAUUUUCCACUUUGUAGUUACAGAUCUUUCUAAAGCAUUAUUCUAACACGAUUCUGAUAUCCUUGACCUAAAUCUUUUCAAUGGCUUUCUGUUUUCAUUAUGAUAAAGUCCUUAUGCCUUAAUAUGUUUUACAAGGCUCUUCAUGUACUGGUUCUUCCAUACCUCAUCUCUCUCUACUGCCACUCUCCAUUUCCAAGAUUCAAUUAUACUGAACUUUUCCCCAGUUCCUUUAAAGAGACAUGCUUUCUUACUUCCAGAACUUUGUACAUGCUUUACUUCUUUAACUGCUCCCCACCAGACUGACCAACAUCUACACAGCCUUAAGACCUCAAGUGAGACAUCAUGUCCUCCAGGGAAACUUCUCUGACUCCUUUAAAUCCAGUUUUGGUUCUUCAUUAUGGCUUGGUUUCCCAUGUGCAACCCUGUGCUUUCCAAGUCAGCACUUCUCAUGCUAUAUUGCAAUAGCUUAUUUGUCAGCUGCUGCUUUAAUAAUUGAUUAAUUAUUAAAUUAAUAGGCUUCACAAGGGAAGAGAACAUGUCUGUCAUUCUAUAAUUGCAUUGCUAGUGCCUAACAUAAUGCCUGGGACAUAAUAGGCCGUCAAAAUAUUUAUCAAGUAAACCCACUUCAUCUACUCAUGCUCUUCAUAUAGACCACUAACAAAAAAGAUCUAGAGCUUGUUGUACUUUGAAGUUCUUUGACUCCAAAAGUAUACUUACUGUGCACAAAGAGCAUGGGUUGAUGUAUACAUUAUAAUUUAUAAAGCUAUUCACUUUUGAUAAAAGAAUACUGCUGUUAUUUGGAUACAUAUACAGUAUUUCCACUAUACACUUGUGUAUUUUAGGAGAAAAUGUAUUUUCAGUGUUUGGUUGAUUCACUAUUUUUCCAAAAAGGAUAUUUUAACAAUACGUACGGUCACUGAUACUACCAAAACUUCACAUUUGCUCAGUAUUUUUUAAUAGACCUUUAUUUACUACAUUUUAAUUUUUUGUUUUGUUUUUUGAGGCAAAGUCUCACUCUGUUGCCAGGCUGGAGGGCAGUGGCACGAUCUCGACUCACUGCAACCUCCGCCUCCCGGGUUUAAGCAAUUCUCCUGCCUCAGCAGGAGUAGUUGGGAUUACAGGCACGUGCCAGCAUGCCUGUAUUUUUGUAUUUUUAGUAGAGAUGGGGUUUCACCAUGUUGGCCAGGAUGGUCUCGAUCUCUUGACCUCGUGAUCCGCCGCCUCGGCCUCCCAAAGUGCUAGGAUUACAGGCGUGAGCCACUGCACCCGGCCUACAUUUUAAUUUUUACAAAAAACUCUUAAGCUUUUUUGUGAGCAGAAAUUCUCAAGUCUCGACGUGUGGUAUUUUAGGCUCCAGAAGAAAUCCACGAUUACAGUGUCCUAGUAGCCCAGACAUAUGUGUUAAAUGACAUGUAUAUACCUUGUUAUUCUUUCUAAUAAAUAAUACUCUUUUACAA